AUUUUUAAGAGGAUUGGGAGAGGGGGAAGAAGAAAAAGGAAAGGAGAAACCCACAGAAAUUGGUGGGGGAAGGGUUUUUACUGCUGCUCUCUCGUAUCUAACUGUAUUUAAUCCCCGGCUCUUUGACAUGGAACAAAACCCUAAGGGUUCUUGUAAGAACCAAUCGCCGCCAGAUUGAUCUCAGCCGUUAAACCCCAUCUCUCUCGUUCAUUUUUCUUUCCUCCUCUUUGCUUUCUUCCACUCUGUUCCUCCCUGAAAUUUGUUUCCCCUCGAAAACCAGGCAACCCACUUCCCCUGAUUCUGUUGCUUGCUCUUUCUCCCUUGUUUUGGUUGCUGGUGCUUUCCUACCGGGCAUGGUCUCCAAAGUUGUCUGCUUUGGACGUGGAAGAGAAUAAUAGACCCUCCCCUGCUUCGGAUUCCUCUCUUUUUUUUUUCUUGGGUUUUUAAUUAUAAAGAAAUGUUUUCUUUUAUUUCCGGGUUUUGGUAGGUUAGGAUGGUUGAUAAUUAGUUUUAUCAUCAUUUCAGUGUAGGUGAUAAAAAAGUUUUGAUCUUUUUUUCUUCAUUUCCUGGUCUUAGGUUGCUGUCUAGUUUUUUUUCUUCUUUCUCCUGUCCUGCUUUUUUGUUGCAAAACCUCCGAAAGUUGCAGUCUUUGAACCUGUACAUACGGGGGUUUAGCUCCGGUGGGAAGUUUUGAUUUUUGAUCCGUUUUGCGGGUGUCAAUCGGUUCUGAGGUUUGCUGCAGUGGGUAAAUGAUCAAUUUUGGAAUUUGAAAAACCAUGUUAUCUGAAUUGGGAAGGAGACCGAUGAUAGGAGCUAGUGAUGGAUCAUUCGGUGAUGAUUUAGAGAAGGAAAUUGGGUUGUUGCUCCGUGAGCAGCGCACUAGACAAGAAGCUGAUGAUCUUGAGAGGGAGCUCAAUUUGUAUAGAAGUGGGUCUGCUCCGCCCACUGUUGAGGGUUCCCUCAACGCCGUAGGCGGCUUGCUAGGUAGUUCGGCGCUGCCUCACGGUGGAGUAGGAGGCGGUGGAGGAGGAGCCGCCGUCGCCUUUUCGGACUUUGCUAGUGGUAAAAAUGGCUUUAUGAAUGAGGAGGAGCUUAGGUCUGACCCAGCUUACUCAGCUUACUAUUACUCAAACGUGAAUUUGAACCCUAGGCUACCCCCUCCUUUGAUAUCUAAGGAAGAUUGGAGGUUUGCUCAGAGAAUGAAGGGAGGAGGGAGUUCAGUUGUAGGUGGGAUUGGUGAUAGGAGGAAAGUGAGUAGGGCUGAUAAUGGUAGUGGGAGGUCAUUGUUCGCUAUGCCUCCCGGUUUUGAUUCGAGGAAGCCAGAAAAUGACAACGAGCAGGAGAAGGUUCACAACUCCUCUAGUGAAUGGGGUGGGGAUGGACUGAUAGGUUUACCAGGGUUAGGGCUUGGGACUAAGCAGAAGAGUCUUGCUGAAAUCUUUCAGGAUGACAUGGGUCGUGUGACUCCUGCUGUUGGCCACCCUUCUCGCCCUGCUAGUCGCAAUGCAUUUGGUGAAAAUUUAGAGAGCAUGGGCGCUGCUGAAGCUGAGCUAGCUCACUUGCGACGUGAGUUGUCUUCUGCAGAUCCUGUAAGAUCAGUUGCAAAUGGCCAAGGUUCUUCUGCUGUAACUAGUGUUGGCCAAGCUUCGUCUUACUCUUAUGCAGCUGCUCUUGGUUCCUCUUUGUCUAGGAGUAACACUCCUGAUGCACAACUAGUAGCUAGGGCUCCCAGUCCUUGUCCUACACCCAUAGGGCAAGGCAGGAAUUCUGCAUCUGAAAAGAGAGGGGCUUCUAGCUCUAACUCAUUUAAUGUCGUGCCUACCAGCAUCAGUGAAUCUGGAGAUCUUGUUGCUGCUUUAACUGGUAUGAACUUGAGCAAUGGCGUAGAAGAAGAAAACCAAUUGCCACCCCAGAUGGGACAGGGUGCUGAAAACCACCACCAGAACAAUUUAUUUGGUUUCCAAGGAGGUCAGAACCACUUGAAAAAUCAGAAUACUUAUUUUAUGAACUCAGACUCUGGGCAUUAUCAAAUGCCUUCUGUUUCUCAAGCUGGAAAGAUGACAUAUGCAGAUUCAGGCAAGAGCAAUGGUAGUAGCUCAAACCUCAAUGGCCCAUCCUUUGGGGAGAGGCAUGCCGACAUGCAAAAAUCAGAUGUUCGUCAUGGUAAUAAUUCUUAUGUGAAGGGAUCACCUCCAUCAACUCAUAAUAGCCGAAGUGGCUUGCACACUUACCAACAGAUGGAUAACAUGAACCCAUCACUUCUGAACUAUGGAAUGAGUGGGUAUUCUGUUAAUCCAGCUUUGGCUUCUGUGAUGGCUGCUGGUCAACUUGGCUCUGGAAAUCUCCCCCCUUUAUUUGAAAAUGUUGCUGCAGCGUCAGCCAUGGGUGUCCCUGGUCUGGAUUCCAGGGUUCUUGGAGCAGGUAUGGGAUCUGGAGCAGGUCUCACAGGUGCAAAUCCUGAAUCACGCAAUUUCGGAAGACUAGGGAGCCCUAUUAGUGGAAGUUCCCCUCAGGCACCAUAUGUUGAUCCUUUGUAUCUCCAGUAUCUGAGGACUCCUGAAUAUGCUGCUGCAGCUCAGCUUGCUGCAUACAGUGAUCCCACGGGCGAGGGGAACUAUUUGGGUAACUCCUAUAUGAAUUUACUUGAACUCCAAAAAGCUGCCUAUGCUGGAGCUAUGCUGUCCCCGCACAAAUCUCAGUAUGGAGCCCCUGUGGGUGGUAAAUCUGGCAGUUCUAAUCUCCAUAACUACUAUGGAGGUCAUGGUUACGGUGUUGGUGGUAUGUCAUAUCCUGGUAGUCCUCUUGCAAGUCCUGUUAUUCCAAACUCCCCUGUUGGUCCCGGAAGUCCAAUUAGACACAAUGAUCUGAAUAUGAGGUUUGCUUCUGGUAUGAGGAGCUUGGGUGGUGGUGGUAUCAUGGGUCCAUGGCACUUAGAUGGAGGGAUGGAUGAAACCUUCGCAUCCUCACUUCUAGAAGAGUUCAAGAGUAAUAAAACCAAGUGUUUGGAACUUUCAGAAAUUGCAGGUCAUGUUGUUGAGUUCAGUGCUGAUCAAUACGGGAGCCGAUUCAUCCAACAGAAGCUAGAGACAGCCACAAUAGAUGAGAAGAACAUGGUGUAUAAAGAAAUCAUGCCACAAGCUCUUGCUCUAAUGACUGAUGUGUUUGGUAAUUAUGUUAUUCAAAAGUUUUUUGAGCAUGGGCUGCAGUCACAGAGAAGGGAACUAGCUGCGAAGUUAAUUGGUCAUGUUUUGACGCUUAGUCUUCAAAUGUAUGGAUGCCGGGUGAUUCAGAAGGCAAUCGAGGUUGUUGACCUGGACCAAAAGAUCAAAAUGGUCGGAGAACUUGAGGGUCAUGUUAUGCGCUGUGUCCGUGAUCAGAAUGGGAACCAUGUCAUCCAAAAGUGUAUUGAAUGUGUCCCCGAGGAUAACAUCCAGUUUAUCGUCACGACAUUCUAUGAUCAAGUAGUGACCCUCUCCACCCAUCCUUAUGGUUGCCGUGUGAUACAGAGAAUUCUGGAACAUUGCGAGGACCCAAACACGCAGAGUAAAGUUAUGGAUGAGAUUCUGGGAGCUGUCAGCAUGCUAGCACAAGAUCAGUAUGGCAAUUAUGUUGUUCAGCAUGUACUGGAGCAUGGAAAGCCGCAUGAACGAUCUACUAUCAUUAAGGAGUUAGCCGGGAAGAUAGUCCAGAUGAGUCAGCAGAAGUUUGCGUCGAAUGUUGUCGAGAAGUGUCUGACAUUUGGUGGUCCUGAUGAACGGCAGCUACUGGUGAAUGAGAUGCUCGGCACUACGGAUGAGAACGAACCUCUCCAGGCUAUGAUGAAAGACCAGUUUGCAAACUACGUGGUACAGAAGGUGUUGGAGACUUGCGAAGAUCAGCAGCGCGAGCUGAUCAUGACGCGAAUCAAAAUCCAUCUCAAUGCACUGAAGAAGUAUACAUAUGGGAAGCACAUUGUUGCUCGUGUAGAGAAACUUCUUGCUGCUGGAGAAAGGAGAAUCGCUGCAGUGUCGCUGCAGUCCGCACAGGGGGCGGCGUAGAGCUAAGAAGGGAAAGAAAAACGCUAAAGAGGGAAUCUUUCAUCUGUAUAGCUAACUGAGGCUAGUGUGAGCUUUCUUGGCAUCUUCUUUGGUGGUGAUGAGGAUUGAAAAUAAUAAAGUUGUACCGGCGAGAGAGAGAGAGAGAGAGAGAUAGUGAGAGGGAGAAACUGUACAUUUUGUAGUUGUAAGGGUCGUCUGUCUGUCUAUACAUACGGUCGAUAGCUGAGCUGAUUGCCAUUCCAUGAACCGCCACCUUACGCAGAGGACAUAACGGCGUGAAUCGAUGUGUACCGAGUUUCAGGUAGGGUGUAAAAAUGAGAGCAGGGGAGCAGGAAACGUUUUUUAGUCUAUAAGAAAAACGUGACUGUAAAGGAAAUGAAACUUGUUUGGUUUGGUUGAGAAUGAGAGCUGUUAAUGUUUAGUCUCGACGCCUAGUGCAGUUUUCUUGGCUCUUUCAAUGGCAAUGUAUCCCUAGUUUCUAUCUUCUUGUUCAUAUCUACUUGCUGCAUUUUGCAUUUCAGUCGUCGAAAUUCGCAUCUGGAAACUACAACGUUGUUGAAUCCAGCAGCAUGAGACUGUGGGUUUGAUGGUAUUCGAAAUCGAAUUGAGUUUCAGGAAAGUACAUCAAUCAAUCCAUAACUUGUGCAAAGGGGGAAAAAUUAUGCUAAUCGUCAUCAGCAAAUUCAUCUUCAGUAUCGAUCUUCUGGCCGAAGCCUCUAGGACCAGCUCUUGCUCUGGCCUUGACCUUCUUGCCCUUCCCACCUCUCUUCUUCUUGGCUGCUUCUUCCUUGUCAAAUUUGUCCUUCUCCCUCUUCUGCAGGAAAUCUGUGACUGCUAUGUAAAUCACCUGCAAACAGUGAGAACAGAGAGGGCAACAAAAGCGAUGAGGAGAAGGGUGGAGAUGAUGGUGCUCACUCCGUCGUCGGAAACAAUCUCCUGGGCGGCAUCGAGCGGGGCGACUAUGUCAGCCGGCGGUGGAAGGGUAGCAGCAUCUUGGGCGGCGGCGAGGGUCCUCCAAAUUUGGGGACUCCGGCGGUGGGAUUUCGAAUGGGAGAGGAAUUUGCAGUUGGUGGCGAUGGAGAGGUUAGGAGUGGAUAAGGAGAGAGGUGGAGAGAUACCAGGUGGCAGUCGGAGGAGAAGUGCAGAAGGCGGUCGGGUCGUGGAGGGCGACGGCGGCGGCGGAAGUAGCGGAAUGGGUGCGAUUGCGGCCAUGGUACAUCUACUUGAGCUCUGCCUGCCACUGGAAGCAAGUCCAGUCCAGUGGAGAUGGAAUGUAAGUUUCUGGGUAAGUUAGUCUACGAGUAUGGCAGUAACAACUAACAACUCAGCUGCUUGCUUUACUAAUGGCUACAGUUAGUCUCGCUGACUGCUGCUGAUGACGGGGUUUGCAUUUUGCACCUUAUUGACACUAGACAGUGUAUAUCAAAGUUCAAUGGGCCUGUCAUGGUCAAUCCAAGCCCAAUCUACAUAGCCCUGAUGUAGGAAGGGGCAAUGACUGCCGAAUGCCACCAGCCAGUCCUAAUAGGCCAAUACUAUGGUGCCGCGGUAAAAAGUGGAGCAUCGGUGACGCUGUUUUUUAUUCGUCCAAGUGGAGUAGAUGUGGCGGACUGGGUUGGUUUAAUGAAUAUUGAUCCAAACUCGGUGGUCCAUUAGAGUA